GCAUAUAUUAGGCAACUCAAUCUUUCAUUGUGUAGGAAUGAACUAGUAGGAAAUGAGCUGCACGGAGGCAGGAGACGAAAUCCGUCAUUGCGCGUUUAAACGCGAUAUAUAUUUACAAAUUCAUCCCUCAUUAUAGAGGAGCGCUGUCGCUAACCGGAACGGGACACAACACCUAGCGGAACCGUGUUUAUAUCCGUUUAGCGUUCGUUUUUACUCUGAAAAUUGCCAGUGAGGAUCGGGAUGGAUCGCGUGUCUAGAGACUGUGUGGAAACGGAGAGAGAUCCGCGGCUGCCCAGAGUUGAUGGAGUUUCUGUGAACAAAUGAAGGACGACCCGAUUGAAAUUUUAUUCUUUUAUUCUUCAGCGAAAUAAAGUGCAUGAUGUUUGACUGUAUGGAUGUGUUAUCGGGACACAUGCUGGAGUUUUACUCGUCCAGUUCCUCGUCAUGUAUGUUACAGGAGAAAGCGCUCAAAGCGUGCUUCAGCUGGCAACACCGACGCACCAAACACUCAAUCGAGACCCAGAGUACGAGCUCAGAGGAGAUUGUCCCGAGCCCACCGUCUCCGCCUCCUCCUCCCCGCGUCUACAAGCCCUGCUUUGUGUGUCAGGACAAAUCUUCAGGGUACCACUAUGGCGUCAGUGCCUGUGAGGGCUGCAAGGGCUUCUUCAGGCGGAGUAUCCAGAAGAACAUGGUCUACACGUGCCACAGAGAGAAGAACUGCAUCAUCAACAAAGUCACCCGCAACCGCUGUCAAUACUGCCGGCUGCAGAAGUGCCUGGAAGUGGGGAUGUCCAAAGAAUCUGUGCGGAAUGACCGGAACAAGAGGAAGAAGGAAGAGAAGAAGCAGGAGUGUUCGGAGAGUUAUGUCUUAAGUCCUGAUACGGAGCAGAUGAUCGAGCGGGUAAGGAAGGCCCAUCAGGACACCUUCCCCUCCCUGUGUCAGCUGGGCAAAUACACCACGAACAACAGUGCAGACCACAGGGUCGCUCUGGACGUUGACCUGUGGGACAAGUUCAGUGAACUCUCCACCAAAUGCAUCAUUAAAACGGUGGAGUUCGCCAAGCAGCUGCCCGGCUUCACCACGCUCACUAUCGCAGAUCAGAUCACCCUGUUAAAGGCCGCCUGUCUCGACAUCCUGAUUCUGCGGAUAUGUACGCGCUACACACCGGAUCAGGACACCAUGACGUUUUCAGACGGUCUGACACUGAACCGCACGCAGAUGCACAACGCUGGCUUCGGUCCACUGACGGAUCUGGUUUUCGCUUUCGCCAACCAGCUCCUGCCUCUGGAGAUGGACGAUGCAGAGACGGGGCUGCUCAGCGCCAUCUGUCUGCUGUGUGGAGAUCGGCAGGAUCUGGAGCAGUCGGAUAAGGUAGACGUGCUUCAGGAGCCGCUGCUGGAGGCUCUCAAGAUCUACGUGAGGAAGAGGAGGCCUCAUAAACCACACAUGUUCCCCAAAAUGCUGAUGAAGAUCACAGACCUGAGGAGCAUCAGCGCUAAAGGAGCCGAGCGAGUAAUAACGCUGAAAAUGGAGAUCCCCGGCUCCAUGCCUCCUCAUUCAGGAGAUGCUGGAGAAUUCAGAGGGUCUGGAGGGUGGCGGCGGGGCGAGGGGAGGGGGAGGAGGAGGAGGAGGAGCACCACCAGGAAGCUGCAGCCCCAGUUUGUCUCCCAGUUCGGCACACAGCAGCCCCUCGGCUCACUCCCCCUGAGUGUCAUCUCCAGACAGGGAGCGAAACGAAACUGGUUCCAAACCAGAAAUAAGCCUCAGCCGACCAGCGCCAGAAACCAGAUUUCCGGUAGACUUUGACCCGGGCUGACCGGACCCGAACACUUAAUCUGGCCGGCUUUCAUUAGCUGAAGACCAAUCGAGUCACACACAGGUCGAGCCUGCUCAAAACUCACGCUGUCAUUAAAACCAUUCAGUGACUACCAGAGCCCUGCAGCUUUUCAUGUGACGGUGGUCUCCGAAGACGGCAGAACAAACGUCCCGUGUGUGCAGAAGCGGCUCUAUACCGCGUCUUCCCAGCUCUGCUCCCAUCACACAAACUGUGAAGGCCCAGACAAGCUCUCCCUCUCGUCUGAGGGACGCUUUCUCUUGAGCCUGUGACUUUUAUUUUAUAAAUUUCAAUCCCUUAAAAGCAAGCUAAAGGACAUUAGGACGUCAAAUGUCCGCAAGUCAGGGACAUUUUGAACUUUCCAGCUGUUUUGGUUCUGUUUCUUUGUUUUCUUACAAAAAGAUAUAUGAAUAUAUGAAAUCUAUAUUGACAGAAAAAUGAGAUUUGAAUUUUGUGUCUUAGGUGGAAUGCAGAACAGUUCUUAUCUUUUCUCUCUCACUUUUCUCUCAAGAGUUAAACACGGUUAUGGUCGACCCACUGUUCCGCUCACUCCCAGACAGUCCCGUUCACGUCACGCACAAGGGCACGUCACGCUAGCACUGAAAAUCAUGCGAUGGGCUUGAAACGCAAUUUCGUCCAGUGAGGAAGUGAUUUGGAGACGUAUUCAGAAUGAUCAACUUGGCAGAUUGAUGCAAAGAAAUGAAGGAUCUCAUGUAAACAAGCAGGUUGUGAUUCAUGGUGAUGUGUAUGAGAUCUCGGAGCGGGAAAUGCCUUUGUGUAGCUUUUUAAUAUUGUUUCUUAAUUUGCUCUUCAUUUUUGUAUUUGUCGGAGAUCCCCCACACACAAAGUAUUAGCAGAUUUUAAAAUAAAAAGAGGUUUCCAAACCUAAUGUGUCAAAAAUAA